GUCGGUCAGAGAGGCAUGACCGGAAACGCAAUCUGGCGAGCUGGCACUCGUCAAAAAAACGCGGCUACGUCCUGUUCGUCGGUGUUAGCGAGAAGAAUCCUUGGACAUACGUGGAUUGGUUUUUAUCGAGCGGCAUGCAGACUACCGCAGUGUCGAUAGCCACGCAGGGCAGUGGGCUGUCUCCUUGCGAUCAUGGUGUCCAGGUCAACGCGUAGUCGGUCCACGACCAUCAUUGUCACCAUCGCACUGUCGUGGCUCGUCUCCUGCGCGUGCGGGACUCCGCUGCCGGGGCCGCUGCAGCUGCCACACCUGCAGGUGGUGCCGACGGUGAGCCCGCUGGCCGGCAAGCUGCUGGACAGCGAGGCGGCCGGCGACGAGGGGCAGUGUGCCAGGGACACGACGACCGUGGAGGCGGCGGCCAGCAACCGGACGCUCUGGGCCGUCAGGAUGCUGGACGCCAGCGCGCACGUGCCAUCGGGCGUGUUCCACGGCUCGCGCUACCAGCUGGGCAACUUCGAGGGCUGCAUGUCCGCGGCGGAGACGUCCCCUGUCGGCGCGCGCUACUGCCUCGUCAGCCUCAGCUACAACAAGCACACGGCCCCGGCGCCGGCGACAUCCGCGGCACCGGGACGCACCUCCGCCCGCCGCACGCCCUGGGAGCUCGUCGGGGACCUGUCCCCGCACCAGGACGCCGCCGAGAUCAUGAGCGGCGUCGGCAUGGCUGACGGCGGCCUCCCCCUGGGCGACCUCCGCGCCGCGCUGUGCGUGCCCCGCGCGUGCCGCCCCGCCGUGCUGCAGGCCGCGGGGACUCGCUGGACCGCGUUCGACUGGCGGAGACACCUGCGCGCGCUGGGGAAGGCCGACCCCCCGGUGUCCGGCAUGGACCUCGCGCCGGUGUCGGGCAUGCGCUUCCUCACCGCCCUGUACCUGGUGACGGUGCACCGCGGACUGCACUCGGGGCGCGCCGCCAUCUCCAACUACGAGUACUACACGGCCUCGGCUCGGUCGCGCCCCAGCCUGGCGCUGCUGUACCGCGGCUCCCUGGCCGUCGACACCUUCUUCUUCGUGGCGGGCCUCAUGCUGGCCGUGGCGCCCGGGCGCGUCUCCCUCGGCACGGCCUUCGCCGCCAGGGCUACCAGAGUGAUGUCAAUUUACGUCAUCGUGCUGCUCUUCUUCGUGACCGCCCUGCCCGAGAUGACCACGGGGCCGCUGUGGACGGAGGUGGCCCAGCCCAUGUCCGACUCGUGCAAGAGCUACUGGUGGGCCAACCUGCUGCUCGUCGGCAACUACGUCAACGGCGGCACGCAGGACACCACCGGGUGCAUGGGGCACUCCUGGUCGCUGUACGUGGACAUGCACAUGUUCGUGGUGGGCGUGCUGCUGCUGCGCUGGCUGCCUGCCGGUCUGUCCGGGCUGGCCGUCCUGGCGGGGCUGUCGGCACUCUCGCCACUGCCGCUGUUCCUGGGCACCUGGCUGGGGGACUGGCCCGCCACGGUGACGUGGUCGCUGCGGACGAUCCAGGGCAUGCACGGCGUGCAGCACAUCCACGACGCCUACAUGCCGACGCACAUGCGGACGCCGCCGUACUUCGUGGGGCUGCUGGCGGGCCGCGGGCUGCUGGAGCUGAAGGCGCGCGGGUUCCGGCCGGGCCGUGGCGCCACACUGGUGUGCACGGCGCUGGGGCUGGCCGCCAUGCUGGCCGUGAUGUGCGGCAGCGCGCCCUUCGCCGCCCCCGACGCGGACUUCUCGGCCGCCAGCAAGGCGCUGUACGCCGCCGGGGCGCCCCUGGCCUGGUCCCUGGCGCUGGCCGUCGUGGUCGUCGUCACCGUCCUCGGCGAGCGAACGCUGGUGCACUCGCUGCUGAGCUGGCAGCCGCUGGUGACGCUCAGCCGCCUCACCUUCGCCGUGUACAUCGUGUCCUACCCGAUGCAGGCCCUGUUCAUGGCCGCCAAGCAGGACUCCGUCUACCUCACGCCCUUCAACGUGAUCCGUGACAGCCUCAGCGACUUGGUGCUGUCCUUCGCCAUCAGCUUCUGGCUGACCAUCGUGGCCGAGGCGCCCGCCCGCGAGCUGACCAACAAGUUCCUGUUCGGCAACAGGAACGCGACGCCCAAAGCCAAGAAGGCGGAGAGUGAGAAGGAGGAUUGAGGUGUCAAACACACAACUCGACUUCGAAUUUCUAAAAUUAUAUUUUGUAAUAUAUGUACACUUAAUUAAUUUAUAAAUUAUAUGAAC